AUGCGCGCACAGUGCUUAUUAUUCUGUCCUUCUGUUCCACCUUCCACAUCAAUCCCCCGCGCUCGCGGCCGCCUCGUGACGCGUUCCGCUAUCGUCUCGAGAGGCGGAAGAGACGAGGGAUCAAGCGAGGACAACUUGCAGCAGCCCGGACCGUUAUUGGAGGAAAUUCCCUCUUUUUCAAUUCCGAAUCCCCUUCCUUUCCGCUCGCUUGAUUUUCCCAACGCGCCUGAAUCGAAAUCCGGCGUUGCUUCCGUCGUUGAAUCUCCUGGUGACGCGGACCCUUUUCUUUGCUCGUCGGCAGCCAUGGAUGAAGCCACCGGUCGAUCAGCAGGACGGGCGGGAGCAGCAGGUCAAGAGCAGAUGGUAGGGGUGAAAUGGCUGGCUAAGGCGAGGCAGCAGGCGCUUCAGCCGACCGAGGGGAACCACGAGGAACAUGGAGAUGGCAAGGGUGUGGACUGUGGGGAAGGUGAGAAGAGUGGGAAAGGAGGUGAUGAUGAGGACGAGGAUGAGGGUGUUGAAAAGAGCUUGGAGGAGGAGCGAGGUGGGGGUAAUGUGUUGCCGGAUGUGUUGCCGGAUGUAUUGCCUGUUUUGGCGGCAGAUGUGGAGAGGUUCAUCAGGGCGUUGGACGAGCUGAAGAGAGAGGCGGUGUCGCUUGGCAUUCCGGGAUAUGCUCUUCCGCGUGUGGAGAAAGAGGAGGAUCUUGGAGUCAUGGUUAAGAAGCUUGUGGAAGCUCGCAAUGAGGUGAUGGGAAUAAUUGCAUCUAGGUUAAGCUCUAAUUUGUAA